AUGGAUGUGUGUGAGCAGGUUUGUUUACAGCCUCACUUCAAAACAAAACAAUAAUUAUUUUUAGGCAUAUGCGCUAACUUAUCAUCCACUUUAUAGAGCUGGACAAUAUUUCACAUUUAUUUUUUCAUUGAUUUCCAUCGGAACAAUCAGUCAUUUUAUUUAUCGAAAACUUGUUUUUUCUCAAUUUCAUCCAAAUUUGAAAUUUCUUCUCAUUUCAUAUUUUUCGACAAUAUUAUUGUGCUCAAUGGUUUUAAUUGUGAUGUUUGUGAGUUAGAAAAAGUAUCGGAAUUUUGGAGAACUCGAGAUUCAAGAAGGACGUUUCUUGAUGGAACUUCCGACCUUUAAAGGUCAGAAGUUUGCCUAAAGUAAUUUAGAAAGUUUUCGGAAUAACAAACUAAUUUUCGGCGGAAAAACAAUAUUUUCGUAUUAUAUGUAGAUCAUAGAGAGAAUUGUAUUGAUCGUUGUUUUUUCAUUUUUCAGAACUUCCGAAAAUCAGAGUGUAAUCUAAUUUACAAAAAUUCACGCACAUUCGAGACCUUUGAUUUUUUCUCACUCUCGACAAAAUUCAAGAAAAGUGAGAAUUUAGAGAAAAAUAUUUCUGAUCUACCAGAAAAAAAUUCGGAAAGUUUGAGGUGGUGAAAAACAAGAGUUCCAAAUUCUGAAACGAUUCCCACCUAACCUGAUUCCUAAAACCCUAAAAAAUCCCAGGGGCAUCAUAUUCUCAAACCAUUCAUGUCAACAUCAAAAUGUGAACUAAUUCUGGAGUUUUCAAUUACAGCAAAAUAGAAAGUCACACAAUUUUAUAGCUUUGAGAAACUCACAUAAUUGGAACACUUCUAGAAAGCAAACACAAAAUUUCAGAUAAUUGUUGAUCUUAUGAUGGUUUACAAUGUAUUUAAAGACGAAGAAUUCACACAAAUUUCAAUAUCAUAUCUCCUAACUCCAAAUACAUCAUCCACUCAAUUAACAACAUUUUUCUGGUUUUUAUUGAGUUUAGAUUUCAUAAACUUCAUCCUAAAUUGCAUACUUUAUAAAAUAAAUAUAAAUCUUGGAAAAAGGUUAGUCAAAAGAAUUUAAUUCGAGUAUUUCCAAAUUUAGAUUUAAUAGAAUCGGCAAAUUAUCAAUUAGAUAUGAAAUGGAAGAAAUUGUGCUCUCAACAAAGUUCACAAUUUGUAUCAUUUUUCUACAUUUUCUAUUCUUCGGUUUUUAUUUAAGCACUAUAAUAUUGAUUCGCACAUGGGGACAAUAUAUUUUUAGCGAUGAAAUAAGUUUGAAAGCUGCCAGAGGAAUAUUUAUCGUAAGUCACAUGUUUUCCCACAGAGAAAAGUUUUCUCAAUAAUUAAUCAUAUUUUUUCUUGUUCACAGACUGUUCCAAUUUAUAACAUGAUUAUUGGAAUUGUUUCCAGUUACUUUUUCAAAGUUAUGAAUUCACAAAAAAAUCGGAAGAUAAAAAAUGUUGUUGGGGUUCGGUAUUCUGGUGAAUUGGGUGCGCAGAAUCAUGAUAUUGCAAUAUUUUCAACGUGGAAUGCGAUUGCGAAAAUGAAAUCUUAA